GUUUGAAAGCGGUCACCUAGCAACGCCUGGAACAUGUUGGCGAGGAGCUAACAAGCUACUUGUUUUAAACUCAGAGAGUUGUAUAUUGUUCUUAGAAUGGAUCGUUCUCUUAGCGAGGAGGAACAGCAGGAUUUGCUCGCAUGGGUGGAUAAAAUACCCUUCUCCAGGCCCAAGAGAAACAUCACCAGGGACUUCAGCGAUGGAGUGAUGGUUGCGGAGAUUAUUAAACAUUUUUUUCCAAAGAUAGUUGAUCUCCACAACUAUUGCGGUUCCUGCAAAACGCAGCAGAAACUCAGCAACUGGAGCCUUCUCAACAAGAGGGUGUUUCCCAAGCUGGAGAUUUAUGUCCCAGAAGAGACGGUCAAGAAGAUUGUUACAAGCACCCCUGGAGUAAUAGUGCCUGUGCUGAGCGUCCUCAAGGGGAAGAUAGAGGAAAAACGUGUGCAAAUCACCAACAAUACACCACAAUACUAUGACGCCAGGAGCCAGGAGAAACCUUUUUCAGAUGUAGAAAUUCAACAGGCUGAAGCGAGAAUCGUGGCCCAGCUGGCAGAGAUGAAGAGCACGGAGGCAAAAGUGAAACCGCAACACGUGACGUUUUACACAGAGAUGAGCCCUGCAACCAUCCGACAAAUCCUGCUGGAAAAAGAGCUUCAGGUCCAGGAUCUCCAGGAAACUGUGAAGGUCCUUCAGGUGAAAGUGAGCAAGCUGGAGGAGCUCGUCCGGUUGAAGGACAAGCGCAUUGAGCAUCUGACAUGUCUUCCAGAAACGUACAAAACUAAACUGCAGCUAGCUGGUUAAAAAAAAAAAAAAAAAAAAAAC